UCGAGAAUGGGAAUUGAGACCCACAAUCAGCAGCGAAUCCACACCUACUUCUUCCCCUUCAUGGCCCAUGGCCACAUGUUGCCCAUCGUGGACAUGGCCAAUCUCUUCGCAUCUCGGGGCCAACAUACGACCAUCGUCACCACCCCUCUCAAUGCCCCCGAAUUCUCCCAUACCAUCCAAAGGACCCAAGUCUGUGGCACCAAAAUUGAUGUCAAGACCAUCAAGUUCCCCUCUGUCGAGGCCGGCCUCCCCGAAGGGUGUGAGAAUCUCGAUGGGGUCAAAUCGAAGGAUAUGAUGGACAAAUUUAUAAAGGCCAUCAGGUUGCUCCAACAGCCGUUAGAGCAGCUUCCGAGAGAGCACUGCCCCGACUGUCUAGUGGCUGACAUUUUCUUCCCUUGGGCAACUGACGUGGCUAACAAGUUCGGGAUUCCUAGGCUCUUGUUCCAUGGAACAAGCUUCUUCUCUUUAUGUGCCAGUGAGUGCAUUAGGCUCUAUGAGCCCCACAAGAAGCUUUCGUCUGACUACGAGCCCUUUGUCAUCCCAAAUUUCCCGGACUCGAUUGAGCUGACCAGAGCCAAGUUGCCCGAGUAUCUCCGAUGUGAUAAUGAGACCGAUCUAACCAAGCUCAUAUGCGAUUCCAAGGAGUCUGAACUUAGGAGCUAUGGCAUCAUCGUGAACAGCUUCUAUGAGCUAGAGCCUGCCUAUGCUGACCACUAUAGGAAUGUGCUAAAGAGGCGGGCUUGGCACAUUGGGCCCGUGUCACUCUGCAACAGGGACAUUGAGGACAAGGCCAAGAGGGGAAAGAAGCCCGCGAUCGAUGAGCAUGAGUGCCUCAAAUGGCUUGACUCGAAGGAGCCAAACUCGGUCAUCUAUAUCAGCUUUGGGAGCAUCGCUAGGUUCAAUAGCUCUCAGCUCCGGGAGAUUGCACUUGCCCUUGUGGCCUCUGGACAUCAGUUUGUCUGGGUUAUCAGAAGACUUGAGGACGAGAAGGAUGAGGAAGGAUUUUUGCCCGAUGGGUUCGAGAAGAGAAUGGAGGGAAAGGGGUUGAUAAUAAGGGAAUGGGCCCCGCAACUCCUGAUCCUCGACCAUAGAGCAGUUGGUGCAUUCCUGACGCAUUGCGGAUGGAACUCGACAUUGGAAGGCAUCUGCGCCGGGGUCCCAAUGGUGACAUGGCCGGUCGCGGCAGAGCAAUUCUACAAUGAGAAGUUCAUUACUCAUGUGCUGAGAACCGGGGUCAGGGUCGGGGCAAGGCGAUGGGUUGGGUUUCAAGAGGGGGGUGGAUGUGAUGUAGGGAAGGAAGCCAUAAAGAAGGCUAUAUGUGAAGUGAUGGAGGGUGAGGGGGCAGAGUCAAUCAGAAACAAGGCAAAGGCACUUGCGGCAAUGGCUAGGAAGGCCAUAGAAGAAGGAGGGUCGUCUUAUUGUGAUUUGAAUGCUCUAAUUGAAGAGUUUGGGGCUCUUAAGGCUGCCCGUGAAGCAAGAAAAGACCCAAGUGUAGAAUGUGCAAAAUAA